AUGGAUCGAGGCCUCUCAACAGGCACUCAUAUCGGGGAUGAUGGGCUUCGCGAGAGGUUUCAGGCCUCUCAGUCCGAUUCAUCCCUGGGCGCUGGGGCACUCACUGCUGCUGGUGAGGUCGAAGCCAAGGAUGGUACAAGCCAGAACAAGAAAACUUUUGGCAGGACCCCUGAUGGUACAGUGUUCACGGUGCCCCAAACCCACGACAUGGUCUCUCAACUCCUGUCGCCCUCGGAACCUAAGAAUUUGUCCGAUGUGAUAGUUCUGGCUAUUCUGGGAGCACACAUCCUGUUGUUGUGGUGGCUACCGGACUUUGCCAAAAUUCCUGUGUUUGCGGUCAUCUACCUCUUCUGGCGUGCAGCUUACAAUGCCGGAAUAGGAUGGCUUUUGCAUAACCAGUCCCAUCACAAGACCCUUGUGCGCUGGGCGGAAAAGACAAGGAUCUUUGUGAACCCGUCUACUAACCAGAAUCCACACCCUAAGUUGUAUAACUUGCUCAAGCGGGAAUUGGAGACUAAGAUCCCUACAGACUAUUCCUUUGAAGAAGCUCCGAUUGAGUACAACACCUGGCUUGUCUUUAGACGCCUGGUGGACUUGAUCUUGAUGUGCGACUUCACGUCAUAUUGUCUCUUUGCUAUAGCAUGUAGCCACCAUCCUGUGGGUGAGAGCAUGCUGAUGACAGUCUCGCGUUGGUCAGCCGGCAUUGUGCUCGUAUUGUUCAACCUUUGGGUUAAACUAGACGCACACCGCGUGGUCAAAGACUAUGCCUGGUACUGGGGAGAUUUCUUCUACCUCAUCGACCAAGAGUUGACGUUCGAUGGUGUCUUCGAAAUGGCCCCUCACCCCAUGUAUUCGGUCGGGUACGCCGGGUACUACGGUAUUUCUUUGAUGGCAGCCAGCUACAAAGUGCUCUUCAUCUCCAUAAUCGCCCAUGCAGCUCAAUUCGCCUUUCUGGUGUUUGUCGAAAACCCGCACAUCGACAAGACGUACAACCCCCCUCCUCCGCGGAAGCGUAUGACUGAACAAGACUCUGUAUCUACAUCAUCUCAGGCCACUGAGCCUUCCGUUGCCUCAGCUUCAACCGAUGAGCCACUGCCCCAAGCGACAACACCCCCAAGCGGCCCACCUCCUUCAGUUCACAAUCUACUGGGUUUCAACAACUUGGAUCUGUAUCGGAUAACGGAUACAUCGUCAAUCCUGAUCCAACUACUCGUAUUUGCACUGACCGUUUUGACGCCCUCGACGCCCCGAUACCAAUUCCUCUUCGUGGCCAAUGCCGCGGUAUGGAGACUGGUGUUUUCGGUGGGCAUCGGAUACCUUCUGACCGAGCAAUCCGACUGUAAAGCGUGGACCCGUCAUUUUCUUAAGUAUGGCGAAACACCUAAUGAGGCCUGGAACCAGUGGAAAGGCACUUAUCAUCUGAGUAUGAUCAUGUGCUAUGCUAGUUUCAUUGCUGCCGUAUGGAAAAUGUACACGCUGCCCGCUGACUGGGGCUACGGUCUGGUCUUGCUCCGCCAUGUUCUGGGCGCAGGGCUCAUUAGCUUGCAAAUCUGGACUUCCGCCAGCAUCUACGAGUCUCUCGGAGAGUUUGGCUGGUUCUAUGGGGACUUCUUCUUCGAAGGGGCUCAUAAGUUAACGUAUAACGGUAUUUAUCGCUUCCUGAACAAUCCCGAGCGGGUACUGGGUCUGGCCGGCGUCUGGGGCGCCGUCUUGAUCACAAGUAGUGGCGCAAUUACAUUCCUGGCGCUUUUGAGCCACAUUCUAAGUCUGGCUUUCAUCCAAUUCGUGGAGCGUCCGCACAUGCAGAAGCUGUAUGGCCGAAGCCUGCGACAGGAUGCGGGGCUGGUCAAGAGCCUGAAGCGGACCCUGCCCCCCACUCUCCGUCAGCUUCAUGGAAGCGUGGACAAGAUCUUCGAUGAUUCUUUCGAGUUUAUCGAGGAGCUUAUUGACACCGCUCGCCCAAAGCUAGCUGCUGGCGUCAAUACUUUCGUCAAGGAUACCACGGCGCUAUUCCAGAAGUAUCCCGCGCGUGUGACCAUCACCCGCAUUGAUGAGGACCUCGCGGGCUUGGACUCCCGGGACUAUGCCCUGGAAAUCGAAGGCACGGAUUCAUCCUCUCUCGAGGAACGAGGCGACUUGAAGAACCUGGUCUUUGAAUACGGUUCUCCCAUCAAAGUCAAAUGGACCGCUCCUCUCAACCACAGCAAGAAGGACUGGGUAAGUCUGUACCGAGUCACGGACAACACCUCGCGUGAAGUCUCUCGCGUCUCCUCUCAAGGAAGAUGGGUCGCAACGAAUGAGGGUUUCUACGACAACCUCACCUGCGAGAAGGGCAUCAUAACCAGUGACAUUGUCACCGAAAACAGCGAGCAUCGUGACGUCGCCACCGGCGAAGUCAUCUUCUCAGGUGACAAGCUCUUCUGGACCCAGGGUGUCUUCGAAUUCCGUUAUCACCACAAUGGCAAACAUAAUGUCAUGGCGAUUUCUCGACCUUUCGAGAUCCGUAUCCGGCGCUUCGACGAAGAGUCCUUCGAAGAUAACCAGGCAUCCGUUGAAAAGAGCCUCCUCCCUGUUGUCCGAAACUGCUUCGACCGAGACCCGGAAAUCGCUCCCGAAACCGUGGAAGAGCAGUUCGGUAGCCUCGUGGAGCGUGACGGCAAAUUCGCUAAAAGGGUCGUCUUUGCUGUACAUCAGAUGUUCGGUAUUGAAUUCGCUCCUGAAGUUGUCCGAGCUGACGGGACUGUUCGGAACCUCGCUUGGAGAAUCUGUAAUGCGAAGCGGGUCUUGGCUCCUUAUAGCAUGACCAGAGAUGGUGCUACAACGCCUACUGAGGCGCAUGAGAAGGACGAGGCCUUUACAAAGGCUAGAGUUACGGCUAUGAUAAGACGGCGGACAAGACGAGAUUCGAAGUCUGCAGGCAGACGAGAAAGUCAGCUCACGAUCCACGAGAAUGUGGUUCUGAGAUAUAGGGCAUGGACUCCAUUCAAGAGAAUAGAGUAUAUGGAAGGAUCAGCCAAGCCGGGUAAUUCAUCCCAUCCCCUGCCAGUUCCGAUCCCCCGUCAAGCCAUCCAAAACGAACGACGAGGCGGGAAAAAGGCCCUGACACAAGUCAGGCACAACAAACAAGCCGACGCUGACAAUGCGGACAACAACGAUGUAGCCUGCCUCUCCAGGACUCCACAACCUUCCUCCCUUGAACGCCUGCCGUCCUCCCGAGGGAAGAAGCGAGCGUAA